CUGUUGUAAUAUGUGUUAACCUGCCUUCGCCUUCAGAGGAUGGCAUUAUAAUAUGGCUCAUUUGAGCUUCGGUUUAGUUAAAGAACACUUUCAUUGAAAUGCUAUCAAGCUAACAGUGAUGUUUCAACGAUAUAUUGUGGACCGGGCGUCGAAGCGGAGGCAGGUGAAGCCGCUGGCGGCCUCCUUGCUGGAUGCCCUGGACUACGACAGCUCGGACGACAGCGACUUCCAAGUGGGAGACGCCUCAGGCUCAGAGGGCAGCGGCAAUGGCAGCGACGAGGAUGGAUCCAAAGAGAGUGCAGCUGGUUCUGACAGUGACUCGGACGCCAUUGUCUCCGGGGAGGAGGAGGAGGCCAUCGAGGAGGAUGAAGCGAAGGACUUGGCGGAGAAUGGGAGCACCAUGGAGGAGCGGGAGCAGCACAAGGAGCAGCAGGAGCAGUCGGACGGCGGAACCAAAGAGGACGAGGUGUCCAAGUUCAAGAAGCGGAGUGACAAGGCCUCCGACGGGGAGGCCAGUGGAAGUGGGGAGGCACCCAGGGGCGGCAUGGGAGCAGCAGAGGGAGGCGGGACCAUGGAGGAGCACCCCGCCGAACCCAAGAAAUGGAACCUGCGGCGCAACCGGCCCAUGCUGGACUUCACCACCAUGGAGGAACUGAACGAGAUGGACGACUAUGACAGCGAGGAUGACAACGACUGGAGGCCCAAGGCAGGGAAGAAGCGCAGCAAGUCAGCAACCCUGAAGGCAGGCAGCGAGGAGGACGACGACGGCAGCGGGAGUGAGGACGACGACGACUUCGAUGAGGAGAUCGACGGUGAAGACCACGGCAGCAGCGAGAGCGACAAGGAGGAGAAGAAGUCCAAGCGUAAGGCGGCCAAGUCCACUGCCUCCUACGACGAGGAGCUGACCAAUGACAGCCUGAGCCUGUCCCAGGGCAAGAAUAACGAGGAUUCCCUGCUAGACAGAACGCAAACCUGGAGCUCCCAAAGGAUGGAGCACAUCCUGAUCUGCUGCGUGUGCUUGGGGGACAACAGCGAAGAUGCCGACGAGAUCAUCCAAUGUGACAACUGUGGGGUGACUGUGCAUGAAGGUUGCUACGGCGUGGACGGGGAGAGCGACUCCAUCAUGAGCUCCGCCUCCGAGAACUCCACGGAACCAUGGUUCUGCGACGCCUGCAAGAACGGGGUCACGCCUAGCUGUGAGCUCUGCCCCAAUCAGGAUGGGAUCUUCAAGGAGACGGACGCAGGCAGGUGGGUCCAUGUGGUCUGCGCUCUGUAUGUCCCCGGUGUGGCAUUUGGUGACAUCGACAAGCUGCGGCCGGUGACCCUCACCGAGAUGAACUACUCGAAGUACGGAGCCAAGGAGUGCAGCUUCUGCGAGGAUGCCCGCUUUGCCCGUACGGGCGUCUGCAUCAGCUGUGACGCUGGCAUGUGCCGUUCCUACUUUCACGUGACUUGUGCGCAGCGCGAGGGCCUGCUGUCCGAGGCCGCCGCGGAGGAGGACAUAGCAGACCCGUUUUUCGCCUACUGCAAGCAGCACGCCGACCGUUUCGACAGGAAGUGGAAGAGGAAGAACUACCUGGCGCUGCAGUCAUACUGCAAGAUGUCCCUGCAGGAGCGGGAGAAGCAGCUGACGCCUGAGGCCCAGGCCCGCAUCAGCACCCGCCUGCAGCAAUACCGGGCCAAGGCGGAGCUGUCCCGGAACACACGGCCACAAGCCUGGGUCCCCCGCGAGAAGCUACCGCGACCCCUGACCUCCAGCGCCUCGGCCAUCCGCAAGCUGAUGCGCAAAGCCGAGCUCAUGGGCAUCAGCACAGACAUCUUCCCCGUGGACACCUCGGACGCCAGCGCCAGCGUGGACGGCCGCCGCAAGCACAAGCAGCCGGCCCUCACCGCCGACUUUGUCAACUACUACCUGGAGCGGAACAUGCGGAUGAUCCAGAUCCAGGACAACAUCGCCGAGCAGAAGAACCUGAAGGACAAGCUGGAGGGCGAACAGGACAAGCUGCACGUGGAAUACAACAAGCUCUGCGAGACGUUGGAGGAGCUGCAGAAUAUCAACGGCGUGCUGAGGAGUGAGGGUCAGGCCGUGUGGAACCUGCUGGGCGGGAUCCUGGGCCAGAAGCUGAAUGCUCCGGCCAUCCUGAAGGCCCCCAAGGAGAGGAAGCCAAGCAAGAAGGGCGGGGGUGUUCCUGGGAAAUCAUGCAGCCUCCCUGCCAUCCUGUACAGCUGUGGGAUCUGUAAGAAGAACCAGGAUCAACACCUGCUUUUGCUGUGUGACACCUGCAAACUGUACUAUCACCUGGGCUGCCUGGACCCCCCCCUCACCCGCAUGCCCAAGAAGACCAAGAACAGCUACUGGUGUUUUGGGCCCCAGACAGAGCUGGUCUCGCCCAGGGAGAUGAGCCGUUCUGCGGCACGGUGGAGCGGCAUCACGAGAACCAGAGGCCAGAAGCGAAAGCGUGUUUCCCUGUGCGAGGAAGAGAAGAUCGAGGAACCGCCUCCACGGGAGCGGCGACAGCGGCAGCCGGCCGUGCAGAAGAAGCCCAAGGCGGAUGACACCAGGACCGAGUGCGUCACCUGCAAGGGACCCGGCGACAACGAGAACCUCGUGAGGUGUGAUGAAUGUCGUCUCUGUUAUCACUUUGGAUGCCUGGACCCUCCUCUGAAAAAAUCACCUAAGCAGACAGGCUACGGGUGGAUCUGCCAGGAGUGUGACACGUCGUCAUCAAAGGAUGAGGAAGAUGGGCGCGAGGAAGAGGAAGAUUCAGUCAAAGAAGAGGUUGCAGAGCAGGAAAUUCCAAACUGAACAGCCGUUACCUCAACAUGAAACUUUCUAUAUAUUCAUAAAAAGAGACAUCAGCUCCGUGUGCUCCUUGUAGUCAGGGUUUUGUAAAGAGAAUAUGAGGUCAUCAGAGCCAGCCGCCGUCUGUUAGCGGUAACCGGUGUAUCGUCAGAAUCACCGACGAGCUCCGGCAAAUCUGCGUUCACCUUCAGCUGCUCCUUGUGUAGGCCGUCUUGCAGGGAUGCUGCGUAUCUCGGAAUUAGCUUGGUUUAAAUGUCAUGUUAGUGGUGGGGGGAUAAUAAAUCUAUUUUGUACAUACAUUCCUUUUCCAGGAAUCGUACGGUAGAAUUCGGUAGUGGGGGCAGCUAGAGCAGGUACCUCAUGGUUCGCGGUGCCCAAGCCCGCCGCCGUGGCAUGCGUCUUAUACCUCCGGCUAAAUGCUGUCCUUGAGUUCGGUUGUCAAACGCUUUACUUUUUCCCGGAAUCUCAGAAGUGAUUCCAUCCUCCAUUCUGCAGUGUUAUAACCUGUUAUAAGGUUAAAGCACUGAUGACUUUUACCGGGAAGUGUGCAGGUAAACCAAAAUGGCUGUGAUCACAGAAUGUGAAUGACACUGUGUAUCUUUCUGUUUUUGCCUUCAUUCCUUAACCUUCUGCACUGUUUAUGAUCUUGCAGUGUACACCUGCCCCUUUUAGUUUGAUCUUUUUUUUUGACCUUUGAUGAAAACAUCUUUGUUUGUGUCGAUACAUUUAAAAUCCUGUGUUUCCCAGAGUCCUCUGCAUUUUGUUUUUGAUGGCAGUACAAUACGCCUGCUCUGUUGUACCCAAGAUGCUAAACAGCACCUAAGAGUCAGUAUUUAGAUACUUUGUACAUGUUAAAUUGCUAAUAAACUUUAUAGUUGUGAAA